UCACACGCACUUUGUGCACGCGCAUUUGUGCAGUAAGAGUGGAACCCCGAACCCUGCGCGGCUGCGCAUGCCCAUAAGCUGUGACGUUGGUAACCUUGGCUAGCGGUCUGUUUGAUCAAAUAUGCGUUAUUGUGCGACUGGCGGGCUCUAUAGUAGCGCUUAGAGCGUUGCAGACGUUCCUGACCCCAAUGAGAGGCCAGUCCGCCUGUGUGAGGCCGCUCCCCCUCCCCCCAGUGCUGCUCAGUUCCGUGCCUGCGCGGCGCGCCCACUCCCCACCGCGCAUGCACACACACACCGCGCUCGUUCCGGAGGCCCGUACAGAAGUGCACGAGUUAAUCAUUAACACACUUAUUAAACUAUCCGCGGAUUAAUCUCCCCGAAGUGUUUUCCGUAAGGGGCGCUUGUGCUGCUCUGCAGAUUGGCUUGUUUGUGACUUUUUGGCCUUCCUUGGACAUCUUCACUUUUUUUCAUGGAUUUUUUCAUAAGUAUGUCUGAAACGCUAAAAUACAAUGAUGAUGAUCAUAAAACUGUCUUUUUGAAAACACUAAAUGAGCAACGCCUAGAAGGUGAAUUUUGUGAUAUCGCUAUUGUUGUCGAAGAUGUUAAAUUCCGAGCCCACCGAUGUGUUCUUGCCGCAUGCAGUACUUACUUCAAGAAACUUUUUAAGAAACUGGAAGUUGAUAGUUCCUCAGUAAUCGAAAUUGAUUUCCUGCGAUCUGAUAUAUUUGAGGAGGUUCUAAACUACAUGUACACAGCAAAGAUUGCUGUCAAAAAAGAGGAUGUAAACCUGAUGAUGUCCUCAGGCCAGAUACUUGGUAUUCGUUUUUUAGAUAAGCUCUGCUCACAAAAGCGUGAUGUUUCUAGCAUAGAUGAGAAUCCAGCCUCCCCAAAAAAUAAAUACAGUUAUGAAACAAGUUUGAAGAUAACUCGUCCAGUUGGUGAAGCUAAUGACAACCAAGAUGAUGAGGUGGAGGAGAUUGGAGAUCAGGAUGAUAGUCCAUCAGAUGAUACAGUUGAGGGCACUCCUCAAAGCCAUGAAGAGGAGAAGUCUCCUACUUCUACACUGCGUGUCCAGGAGGCAAUUCUCAAGGAACUUGGAAGUGAAGAAGUGCGGAAGGUUAAUUGUUAUGGGCAGGAAGUUGAGGCAAUGGAGACAACUGAGCCAAAGGACCUGGGAUCACAAACACAAACUCUGACAUUUAAUGACAGUAUUAGUGAAGUCAAAGAUGAACAAGCCCCAGCUUGGACCACAGCAACAAGUGACAUGAAAUUCGAGUAUUUGCUGUAUGGUCACAGAGAACAGUUUGCAUGCCAAGCAUGUGGCAAAACAUUUACAGAUGAAGCUCGUCUAAGAAAACAUGAAAAGUUACACACAGCAGAUAGACCAUUUGUCUGUGAAAUGUGUGCCAAAGCAUUUACAACCCAGGCACAUCUCAAGGAGCAUUUAAAAAUUCACACAGGCUAUAAGCCUUACAGUUGUGAGGUUUGUGCAAAGUCUUUUAUUCGUGCUCCAGAUCUCAAAAAACAUGAACGCGUCCACAGUAAUGAGAGACCAUUUGCGUGCCAUCUUUGUGAUAAAGCAUUCAAGCAUAAAUCUCAUUUGAAAGACCAUGAAAGAAGACACAGGGGUGAGAAACCUUUUAUUUGUGCAUCAUGCACCAAAGCAUUUGCCAAGGCUUCAGACCUAAAACGCCAUGAAAACAACAUGCAUAGUGAGCAACGCAAACAAGUCACAACCAGUGCCAUACAGAGUGAGACUGAGCAAUUGCAGGCAGCAGCUAUGGCAGCAGAGGCAGAACAGCAACUUGAAAGUAUUGCCUGCAGCUAAAGGAAAAAUCAUUACUUUAUUUAUCAGUCAAUCUUGUAAUUUAAACAGCUGUAUUUUGCACCUGAAUGAUAAUGGUUUAGACUUCACACCCAAAAUAUCCCAUAUCUAGAGAGAGAAAAGUCAUAUGUACAGAAUUGCCAAUUCUGCCUAUACAUUAACUCAACAGAAUGAAAGCUUCUUGGUGCUUGAUUUGCUCAAUAGCCUCAGUGGUAAAAAAAACAAAAAACCAAAAUGAUAUUGGUUUAACUUUUUUACCUUGAAUAUUGUACAUACUUUGUUUAAAAUCAAUUAAAUGUUCAUUAUUAAAGGAUGUUGUAAACAUUAAUUUUUGUAAUGUGGCUAAAUGUUGGAAGCAGGUUCAGGUUUUACUUUACAAAAGUAAAGGGAUUGGCAGUUCUUGCAUAAGCCUUACUGUGUGAAUAGCAAAGCUAUUGUAAAUUAAGUGAGUAGCUUGUUUUAUCAUCAGCCUGUUAACCAUGAAUUUAUUUUUAAUUGCUUUUUAAAUUAGCCAACUUUAGGUCCUCACAGAUGAAUGUCCUUUAAUGACUAAUAUAUUAAAUGUAGCGCUUACAUCCUGCUUAAACUACAUCUUCCCCCAACAAGGUUUGUAUAGACCUCUACUUAGAUGUAAUAAUGAUUGCCUAUUAAACUUCUUGUAUAGGAAAUGUACUACGUAUAUGUACUACAUAUAUUUAGUAUGCAGCACUCUAUCUACAUUUUGGCAUGGGUGUUUUGUAUUUUUAAAAUAAAAGUGAACAUUGUUAACA